AUGUAUCUAUCGUUAUAUCUGACUCUCUCUCAGUCUGUCUAUCGAUCAAUCUAUUUGCGUCUUUUUUUCUAUCUAUCUAUCUAUCUAUCUAUCUAUCUCUAUCUAUCUAUCUAUCUAUCUCCUUUUUUUUCAUUUUCAGUCAAUCUAGCUAAUCUCAAUCGUCUUUUUUUCAUCUAUCUAUCUAUCUAUCGUUAUAUCUUUUCAUUUUCCUCUCUCUCAGUCUGUCUAUCGAUCUAUCUAUUCUCAGUCUGUUUUCAUCUAUCUAUCUAUCUAUCUAUCUAUCUAUCUAUCUAUCUAUCUAUCUCCUUUUCAUUUUCCAAUCUAGCUAGCUCAAUCCUUUUUCAUGUAUCUAUCGUUAUAUCUGACUCUCUCUCAGUCUGUCUAUCGAUCAAUCUAUUUGCGUCUUUUUUAUCUAUCUAUCUAUCUAUCUAUCUAUCUAUCUAUCUAUCUAUCUAUCUAUCUAUCUCCUUUUCAUUUUCUCAAUCUUCAUUCUGUCUUUCAUGUAUCAAUCUAUUUCGUCUUUUUCAGUCUGUCUAUCUAUCUAUCUAUUUGCGUCUAUAUCUAUCUAUCUAUCUAUCUAUCUAUCUAUCUAUCUCCUUUUCAUUUUCCAAUCUAGCUAGCUCAAUCCUUUUUCAUGUAUCUAUCGUUAUAUCUGACUCUCUCUCAUCUGUCUAUCGAUCAAUCUAUCAAUCUUUUCAUAUCUAUCUAUCUAUUCUAUCUAUCUAUCUAUCUAUCUAUCUAUCUAUCUCCUUUUCAUUUUCCAAUCUAGCUAGCUCAAUCCUUUUUCUAUCUAUCGUUAUAUCUCUCUCUCUCUGUCUUUUCAAUCUAUUUAUCUAUCUAUCUAUCUAUCUAUAUCUAUCUAUCUAUCUAUCUAUCUAUCCUUUUCAUUUUCCUCUAGCUCAAUCCUUUUCAUGUAUUUCGUUAUCUGACUCUCUCUCAAUCUGUUUUCAUUCUGUCUAUCUAUCAAUCUAUUUCCAAUCUUUUUUCAAUCCUUUAUCUAUCUAUCUAUCUAUCUAUCUAUCUAUCUAUCUAUCUAUCUUUCUAUCUAUCUAUCUAUUUAUCUAUCUAUCUAUCUCAAUCUUUUUUUCCAAUCUAGCUAUCUCAAUCCUUUUUCAUGUAUCUAUCGUUAUAUCUGACUCUCUCUCAGUCUGUCUAUCGAUCAAUCUAUUUGCGUCUUUUUAUCUAUCUAUCUAUCUAUCUAUCUAUCUAUCUAUCUAUCUAUCUAUCUCCCUUUUCAUUUUCCAAUCUAGCUAG